AUGUUUACCAAGCCUCACUCCAGCUCAAAAGCGCCUAUCGUGCGCAAUCCAAGAGCAUGCACUGUUUGUCGGGCAGCGAAGAUGAAAUGCGUUGGGGCAGAGGAUGGUCUCAAGUCUUGUCAAAGGUGCACAAGAACAGGUGUGGAAUGUGUCUUUGAGAAGCAUCGCAGAGGGCGAAAACCUGGAUCAAAGCUAUCCGAAGCGUCUAAAAUGCUCCGACGCUUAGAGAAAGGAUUGAACACAGCGAAACUCAAGCAAAGCGAUUCAUCAUUGUCGACAGUAUUCCCUGCCGACCCUCGUACUCCUCAAGCAGAUAAUACUCAAUUUGGCGGACUCCAGUCCUCUGAUGCUUAUGGUUCCACUGACGGAUAUGCGGCUUCAAGCGUCAGUUCACGUACUGUUGAUCCAGAGGAGGAAGAGGACGGGGAAAGGAGUGAUGAGAAAUUUCCUGCCAAAUUAAUCAGAAGGGAAAACUCCUUUUUCAGGACUAUCCUCAACCCAGAACACAAGUCGCCAAUGCUUCAUGUGCCUCGAAAUCCUUACCUCCCCCAGUCAUUGCGCCCGGCGCCUCUCCCGAUCGGCUAUAACGAUCCAAUCUCAGCCGGCUUAAUCAACGAAAACAAAGCAAAGAUCCUCUUUGAUGCAAUCUUCCUUCGACUGAAUCCAUUUAUAAAUCUUUUCGAUCCAGCUCUGCAUUCUGUUGCCUAUGUGCGGUCUAAAUGCCCUUUGUUAUUUACUACCUUGAUAAUGGCUGGCUGCAAAUUCUUCGAACCAAGCUUAUACAAGGAAUGCCUGAGGCUUGCUAACGAACUUGCGGUCCGGGCAUUCGCAGAAGGUUGGAAACGAGUAGAAGUGAUCCAAGCAUUUUCAUGUCUCACUUAUUGGAGAGAACAAGAGGACAACCGGACAUGGAUGUAUAUUGGAUAUGCGUGUCGGAUGGCUGUGGAACUUGGCCUCAACCGAUAUCAUGCAAAACCUCCUGCUCACGAAACAGAGUUCCAGCUUCGUGAAAGGCGAAACCGAGAGAGGACAUACCUCGUCCUCUUUGUACAUGACCGGAGUCUUAGCAUGCAGACAGGUCGGCAUUGGAUGCUCCCUGAAGAUGACUUCAUAAGGCACUCUGACACCUGGCAUGAGCAGGGUGGGACCCCCAUUCGAUGCGAAGAUGUCAUCGUUUCUGCUUUCGCACAACUCCGUCGUAUAGCGACCGAGGCUACAGACAUGUUCCACACCAAUCGGAGUCUUUCGGACGGUGGAAACAGUCAAGUCAAUAUCGAUAUGGUGCUGAAAAACUGCAACGCGAAGCUUGCACUGUGGACCAGUACCUGGGACCAUGAGAUGAGAAAAGCUAACGGAGAGUCUUUCCACUUUUCCUUUACCAAUCUCUUUUGCCUCUAUUCGAGCCUUUUCUUGAAUAGUUUUGGUGUUCAAUCCAGUGUCCCACCUGCAAACCGCACGAAUAGUCAUGUUCGCGCCUUAUCUGCGUGUUUUGAAAAUGCAUUAAAUGUGCUGGGAAUCGCAUCUAAAGACUUCAGGGAAUUUGGUGUUUUGCGCUACGGACAAGAGACAACCUCCGUUAUGACUGCAUACUCUGCCAUAUUUCUGCUGAAGGUAAUAAAUGCCCUGCCUCCAAAUCUAAGUAAAGUUGAUGUGUUGGCCUUAGCUACUCCGGAGCUCUAA